AUGGUUCCUGGUUCAUUACGGACGCUAUUAGCCGGAUGUGGGGCAACUGUUGUGCGACCUAUACUGCUGCGUCAUGCCGGUCACUCGUUGAGAAGUAAUUGUAGUUCGAAAUUGGUUCUGUUGUCUAGACAUUAUAGUAGCGGUGGAGCGCCACGUUUAACGGCGGAUGCAAACCCAUAUGUAAAGCGAGCUGACUUCAAACGCCUGUCCGUUGAUGAUAUAUCGUACUUCAAAAGUAUUCUUUCUGCUCAAGAGAUACUGGAAGCGGGAGAUGAGGAGAAUCUCGAAUUUUACAAUGAAGACUGGAUGAGGAAGUACAGAGGUCAGUCGCGGUUAGUGCUACGCCCUCGGAGUACUGAAAAUGUGUCGAAGAUUCUUUCCUACUGUAAUGAACAGAAGAUUGCUGUCGUGCCUCAGGGUGGUAACACUGGAUUAGUGGGCGGCUCUGUCCCAGUUUUCGAUGAGGUUGUGCUCAGUACCUCUCAACUUAACAAAGUUCGUCAUUUUGACGAAGUGAGUGGGAUUCUCAAGUGUGAUGCGGGUCUAAUUCUUGAAAAUGCUGACCAAUUUCUCGCAGAGAAGGGUCAUAUUUUUCCACUAGACUUGGGAGCCAAGGGUUCAUGCCAAGUUGGUGGUUUAGUAGCAACUAAUGCUGGUGGUUUGAGACUGUUGCGGUACGGUUCAUUGCACGGCAGUGUGUUGGGUUUGGAAGUGGUCUUGCCUAAUGGUGAAAUUGUAAGCUCUAUGGAUGCUCUUCGUAAAGAUAAUACUGGCUACGAUAUCAAACAACUAUUUAUUGGUUCUGAGGGAACACUAGGUGUUAUUACAGGUGUUUCUAUACUGUGUCCACCACGGCCAUUGGCAUUUAAUGUUUGCUACCUUGGUGUUGACAGUUAUGAGACAGUUCAGAAAGUGUUCACUAAGGCUAGAAGUGAACUAGGUGAAGUUCUCUCUGCGUUUGAAUUUAUGGAUGCAAGCUCUCAGAAAUUGACUAAGCAUCACCUAAAGAAUGUGCCCUCUCCACUAGAAGAUGAGUUUCCGUUUUACAUUUUGAUCGAAACCUCGGGAUCUAAUAAGGAACACGAUGAUGCAAAGUUGGAGACUUUCUUAGAGAAUGCCAUGAACGAAGAAUUAGUUUUAGAUGGUAUCAUUGCACAAGAUGAGACCGAUUUCCGCAAUAUCUGGCAAUGGAGAGAAUUCAUUCCAGAGGCUAGUACUGCUGGAGGUGGUGUUUAUAAAUAUGAUGUCUCUUUGCCACUGAAGGAUUUGUAUUCACUAGUGGAAGCUGCAAAUGAGGAAUUGGACAAGAAGGGAUUGAUGAGUAUGGAAGAUUCCAGCAAACCCGUUAUAACAUCAAUAGGAUAUGGACACCUCGGUGACGGUAACCUACAUCUAAAUGUUGCAGUUAGAGGUUAUUGUAAGGAAGUCGAGGCUGCACUAGAGCCAUUUGUAUACGAAUAUGUUGCCUCAAAGAAUGGUUCUAUCAGUGCUGAACAUGGAUUGGGCUUCCAGAAAAAGAGGUACAUCUCUUAUAGCAAAUCUGAACCGGAAAUCCGUAUAAUGAAGGCACUUCGGAGACAGUUUGAUCCAAAUGGUAUCUUAAACCCUUACAAGUAUUUAUAG